CCCUCACCUGAUGUCAGCGCAGACCCAGGACAGCCAGGCUGACAGACUGACAGAAGGACGGAGCUCCUGUCCCCCCAGACCCAGGCCCCCAAGCCGACCUGCUUCACUGAGCAGCCGGCUUUCUUCGAGGCCAGGACUGGGUGAUGGUGUCCCUACUCCCGCCACAGUCUGACGUCUCACUGCCAGGCCCUACCCGACUGGAAGGCGAGCCCCAAGGGAACCUCAUGCAGGCUCCGGGCCUCCCAGGCUCCCCUGCCCCACAGAGCAAGCAUGCCAACUUCACCUGCUCAUCAUCAUUUGUGCCCGAUGGUCCUCCAGAGAAGGCUCCUUCACUGCCCCCUCACAGCCCAAGUAUUGCAUCACCAAGCCCCGAGCAAGUCCAGGGCCAUUGCGCAGUUGGACCAGGCCUGGGCCCCUUCAGCCUCUCUCCCUCAGACAAGUAUCUUGGCUUCAGCUUUGAGGAGGGCUCCACAGACAGCCCAGGGCGCUUCCUCAAAGGCAACCACAUGCCUUUCCACCCAUACAAGCGGCACUUCCAUGAGGACAUCUUCCCCGAGGCCCAAACAGCCAUGGCCCUCGACGGACACUCUUUUAAGACUCCAGGGGCACUGGAGGCCUUUGAGGAGAUCCCCGUGGAUGUGGGGGAGGCUGAGGCCUUCCUGCCUGGCUUCUCAGCAGAGGCCUGGUGCAAUGGGCUCCCUUAUUCCAGCCAGGAGCACAGCCAAGUCCUGCAGGGGUCAGAAGUCAAGGUCAAGCCCCCAGCUCUGGACAGUGGUCCUGGGAUGUAUUGCUACCAGCCUCCCUUGCAACACAUGUACUGCCCUUCCCAACCCCCCUUCCAUCAGUACUCUCCAGGUGGAGGUAGCUACCCUGUGCCCUACCUUGGCUCUGCUCACUAUCCAUAUCAGAGGAUUGCACCCCAGGCCAGCGCUGAUGGGCACCAGCCACUCUUUCCCAAACCUAUCUACUCCUACAGCAUCCUCAUCUUCAUGGCCCUUAAGAACAGUAAAACUGGAAGCCUCCCAGUCAGUGAAAUCUACAAUUUUAUGACGGAGCACUUCCCUUACUUCAAGACUGCGCCUGAUGGCUGGAAGAAUUCUGUCCGUCAUAACCUAUCUCUCAACAAGUGCUUCGAGAAGGUAGAGAACAAAUCUGGAAGUUCCUCUCGAAAGGGCUGCUUGUGGGCCCUCAAUCCUGCCAAGAUUGACAAGAUGCAGGAGGAGCUGCAGAAGUGGAAAAGGAAGGACCCCAUUGCUGUGCGCAAAAGCAUGGCCAAGCCAGAAGAGCUGGACAGCCUUAUUGGAGACAAGAGGGAGAAGCUGGGCUCUCCACUACUGGGCUGUCCGCCCCCUGGGCUAGCAGGCCCAGGCCCCAUCCGGCCCCUGGCACCCCCAGCUGCGCUCUCCCAGCCACUGCACUCAAUGCACCCAGCUCCAGGCCCCAUGCCUGGCAAGAACCCCCUGCAGGACCUAAUGGGGGGUCAUGCAUCCUCCUGCUAUGGGCAGACCUACCCACACCUCUCCCCCAGCCUAGCCCCUCCUGGUCCCCCGCAGCCAUUGUUCCCACAACCAGAUGGGCAUCUUGAGCUGCGGGCCCAGCCAAGCACCCCCCAGGACUCACCUCUACCUGCCCACACACCACCCAGCCAUACGGCCAAGCUGCUGGCUGAGCCUUCCCCAGCCAGGACUGUGCAUGACACCCUACUGCCAGAUGGAGACCUUGGCACUGAUCUGGAUGCCAUCAACCCCUCUCUCACUGACUUUGACUUCCAGGGAAAUCUGUGGGAGCAACUGAAGGAUGACAGCUUGGCCCUCGAUCCCUUGGUACUGGUGACCUCAUCCCCGUCGUCAUCCUCCAUGCUGCCACCCCCACCACCAGCCCAUUGCUUCCCCCCAGGUCCCUGUCUGGCAGAGACAGGCAAUGGGGCAGGUGAACUGGCACCACCAGGCAGCGGUGGCUCUGGGACCCUGGGAGACCUGCACCUCAGCACUCUCUACUCAGCCUUUGUGGAACUGGAGCCCACACCCUCCUCAGCUGCUGCCAGCCCUACCAUGUACCUCAGCCCUGGCUCUAAGCCCAUGGCGCUGGCAUGAGCUGUGCUCAGUGUCAGCUCCAGUCUUUGCCUGGUCUGAAAGUCCCAGCUGGCUGCCCACAUUGGGCUCACUUUAAAGGUCAAGGAAGGAAAACGCCUGCCUCCAAUGCCACUCAGUCAAUUUGUUAGAAGCUGGAAGAUAGAGGACCCAUCCAGGAUGCUGCCUCUCUUGCAUUUCUACCCGCUCUUCACACAGGGCCUCUGGAGGACAAGCAUCCUGGAGAGAAACAAAAGCACUCCCCCCAGUGCCAGCUCACUCGCACUUCUGCUCUUGUGCACGUGCACUCUACACACCUGCCCAUGUGCCUUACACCCAGAAGUAUCUACAGCACAUCACAGAGAGCUUGACUUCAUUUCUGGGACAGCUAAGGAAUAAAGGCUUUGGUUACCAAAGCUCAG